AGUUGCCGGACGACUGUCGUUGCGCAAGAACGUAUUUCUUGCGGCUUGUCUUUGUUUUUUUUUGCUCCGAAAUAAACAUAUAUUUAUCACAACGUUACCCUUCGUCCCUUAUCAAUAAGUAAACACUGUUGAAAAAUAAAAUUUAACAGUUUUUAUCGUCACACGACAGGUGACCAAUUCCCAUCGUGUGUAUUAAUAUAAAAACAUUUGCCAUGGAAACUGUUCAAACUUUAAAAACAUUGUGAUUUUUUUAUUUUGUGUUUGUUUAAAAAAUUUUAUUUUUAAACCAUUUUAUUAUGUGCAUUUAAUAAAUAAACACCGACCAUUUUAUAAGUGAAUAAAAGUUUUUUUAUAAAUACACUUGGAUUAUCAGUGUAAUAAAUUUUAUGAAUUUUAAAAAUAUAAAAAAAUAAAUACACACAUUAAUACAGAGUCAAAAUAAUAAUUGUCAAGGAAGGAUGAAUUUUAUUUUAUCGGUUUCAUACAAUAUAAAAAAACAGUGAUUAAAUAUUAUUUAUUAAUAAAAUCAGAGUAAAACAGAGUUGAAAAAUUAUUUUUAAUUAGUCAAAAUAAAUAAUUGUGCUCCGAAAAAAAAAUAUUAUUAUUAUAUUAAAAAAUAACGUUUACUCCAUUUUUUUUUUUUUUUAUUAAUCAUCAAAGUGUUUGGUGGAUAAAUAUAUAUUUAUUUUUGUGGGUGUAAUUUGUUUUUUUCUAUUUUCUGUCAUAAAGGCAGUAGUGAAAUUACGCAAUGAUAGUGUUGUGGUGAAAAACAAAAAAAAAAGAAAAAGGUCGUUUGAUAAAAAUAAUUAUUAUUUAAUAAUCUUCCUGUGUUGUGGAUAUAUUAACGACAAUGCUGAGCCACGGAUCGAAAGUUUUGAUCUUAACGAUCACCCUGGCAGUCUUGGCAAAAGGUCAAUUCAGGACACCAAAAAUAACAGAACAUCCAUCAGAUAUAACUGUUGCCAAGAAUGAACCGGUAACAUUAAAUUGCAAAGCAGAAGGUAAACCAGAACCAUCAAUUGCAUGGUUCAAGGAUGGCCAACGAGUGACAACAUCACCACUUGAUGCAAAAUCUCAUCGUGUAUUAUUACCAACUGGAUCAUUAUUUUUUCUACGUGUGAUGCAUGGAAAAAAAGAACAAGAUGGAGGUGUUUAUUAUUGUGUUGCAACAAACCAAGCUGGAAAUACUACAAGUAGAAAUGCCACCCUCACUGUAGCAGUAUUGAGAGAUGAAUUUCGUGCACAACCACAAAAUACAAGAGUCGCUGCUGGAGAGCGUGCACUGCUGGAGUGCGGACCACCUAGGGGUCAUCCUGAACCAACCCUUCAGUGGAAAAGAAAUGGACACGUCAUUGACUUGGAAGCUACCAAACGAAUAACUUUAGUGGAUGGUGGUAAUCUUAUGAUAUCUGAUGUUAAACAAACAGAUCAAGGGAGAUAUCAGUGUGUUGCUCACAAUAUGGUUGGUGAUAAAGAAUCAGCAGUUGCAACAUUAACAGUUCAUGUAAAACCAUUUUUUAUUGCAACACCGGAGAAUCAAACUGUAUUGAUUGAUUCAACAGCAGAAUUUGCAUGUCGUGUUGGUGGUGAUCCAGCACCGGAAAUACUAUGGCGAAGAGACGAUGGCAAAAUGCCUAUUGGACGUGGUCACAUUCUUGAUGACAAGAGUUUACGUAUUGAACGGGUUACACCACAGGAUGCUGGUACUUAUAUUUGUGAUGCUGAGAAUAGUGUUGGUGCUAUAUCAGCAAGUGCAACAUUAACUGUACAUUCACGUCCAGUCUUUACUAAUUUUCCCAAGGAUGAGACAGUGAGCACUGGCUCAGACGUGUCAUUUGCAUGUUCAGCAAAAGGUACACCAAAACCCUCGAUAUUCUGGACAAGAGAAGGCUCCCAAGAGCUCAUGUUCCCGGGUAAUGUUUAUCAGGGACGCUACACUAUCAACGAGGAUGGUAGUUUGCAUAUAAAAGGAACUAUCAAAAAAGAUGAAGGACAUUAUGUUUGUAGUGCAAUUAGCCAAGCUGGUGCAAGUACAGCAACUGUGUUUUUACAAAUGACACCAGUGGAAGAAGUACCACCACCAAUAAUUGAACUUGGUCCUGCCAAUCAAACACUCCCAGUUAAAAGUACAGCAUAUUUACCUUGUCGAGCUGUUGGAACACCAAUUCCAAAAGUUCAAUGGCACAAAGAUGGUGUUUUAUUAUCUCUUGGUGAUCGUAUAAGUAUGCUAACAAAUGGAACACUUGUUGUUGAUGAUUUACAGACUGCUGAUGCAGGAAUGUAUACAUGUAUUGCAUCAUCUGAAUCUGGAAAUACUUCUUGGUCAGCAACAUUGACAAUAUCAGCAACAACAACAUUUCAUAAAACACCUGAUAUGUUAGCUCUUCCUCAAAAUCCAAGUAAACCAAGAAUUGUCAAUAUUACAAGUUCAUCAGUAACAUUAACUUGGUCACCAGGACACGAAGGAAAAAGUAAAAUAAUUGGUUAUAAUGUUGAAUAUUUUAGCAGUAAUUUAAAUACUGGAUGGGUCGUUGCAGCAACUGGAAUUACUGAUGAUACAUAUAGUGUAUUAAAUCUUAAGCCUGAUACAAAAUAUGUAUUUUUAAUUCGUGCUGAAAAUAGCCAUGGCCUUUCUUUACCAGGUCCAUUGUCAGAUGUUGCUCAUACAACAAGUCAAAAUCAAUAUUCAGUGCCACAAAUUGAAUUAAUUAGAGCUCGAGAUAGAUUAAAUAGUGAAAUAUUACAUUUACGAGAAGUUCAACCAUUAACAAGUACAAGUGUUAAAAUAAUGUGGGAUAUACUUGGUGCUGCUGAUCUUGUUGAAGGUCUCUAUAUAAGAUAUCGUGAAAUAUCAAAUAAACCAGAAUAUCAAAUGGUAACUGUUAUGAAUGCUGGUGCAACUAGUUAUAUAUUAACAAAUCUUAAAAAAUAUACAUUGUAUGAAUUUUUUCUCGUCCCCUUCUACAAGACAAUAGAAGGACGACCGAGCAAUGUUAAAUUGGCUACAACAUUAGAAGAUAUACCAUCAGGUACACCUGAAAAUGUACAUGUUGGAAUGAUAAAUAUAACAUCAGCAUUUGUUAGAUGGGCACCACCACCAAAAUCAGAACAAAAUGGUCCAUUAAUUGGUUACAAAAUACAAAUUAAAAGUAAUAGUAGUAAUAAAAUAUUAGGACAAAUGGCAUUAAAUGCAUCAACAACUUCAGUUAUUAUUAAUAGUUUAUCAGCUGGUGGUUUAUAUACUGCUAGAGUUGCUGGUUUUACACGCACAGGUUUAGGACCAUUUUCAAGCCCAACAUUACUCAAUAUGGAUCCAAGUCAAUUGGUACAAUUGCCACCAAGAAGUGAUCCAAAUCAUGACAGUAUAUCAGUUGUAACAGAAACAUGGUUUUUAAUAUUAAUUAUUAUUAUGAUAUUUACUGUUGUUGGUGGACUUGUUGGGGCAAUAUAUUUACGUAGAAGACAAGCAAUGAGAAAACAACUUGGUCAUCUUAGCGUUCCUGUGGGCACGGCAAAUGACAUUUGUCAACUUAAUAAAGAUACACUUUGGUUAGAACGUGGAUGGAGACCAACAAAUACACUACAAUCAAAUGACAAAGAUUGUGAAACAAAAUUAUUGAAUAAUCAACAAAUGUUAGCACCAGGAAUUGUCAGUAUGGCUGGUUCUGAAUAUGCUGAAGUUAAUUUAACAACAUUUUAUAAUGCAAGAAAACCACUUCAAGCACCACCAGAACCAUAUGCUACAACAACACUUUGUGUUGGUAAUCGUGGUAGUCCUGAUUCAAUGGAUGGUAGUGGUCAAAAAUCAAAUUCAAGUGAUUCAUGCUUAAAGCCUGAUUAUUCAAAUCUUGAAUCAAAUCAAGAACACAAUCAAUCAACCCUAUCACCAAGCAGUGAUAAUGCAAGUUCUGUUUAUACUGAUGAAAAUACGUCAGAUGUACAAAGAAGACCACCUUAUAGAAUACCACCAACAGACAAUCAAAAUAAUCAACCGGGAAUGCCUAAUUGGUGUGACAUGUUACCACCACCACCAGAACAUCCACCACCAACAGGUACAUCACUAUCAGCAAGAAUGCAAAAACAAAUGGCUGCAUUUAGUCCACAUCUUGGUAAAAGAAAUGUACAACAAAAUGAUCUUGAUGCUAAUAAUUCAAUAAAUUCACAAAGUCCACCAACACCACCAGUACGUGUUGGUAAUAAUACAUUUUCAGCAUCACCAACACCAUGGAAUGGACUUAAUCAUGAAGGUAAUAAUCAUAUUAAUCAUCAACAAGGAAGAUAUACAACACUUCCACCACAAACAAAUCCACCACCAGUGCCAUCAUUUCCACAAGGUUUUAAUCAUUAUGAUUAUAAAAAUCAAGAAAAUGAAUAUGAAAGUGGCUCGGUUAUUUUUGGACAUCAAAAUGGUAUUACUGAUGAUUAUAGAACACGUGAUCCUGGUUAUAGUAGACCAAAUCAUCAAAAUCAUGGUUCAUUAAAUGAUGAAGCAUAUAGACACAAUGAAGAUAUGUUUAGAAAUGAUAAUAUUUAUCAACCAGAUAAUAAUGAAGAAUGGGACAGAAAAUCAUGUGAUUCAAAUACUCAUUCUGAGCUUUGUUGUUCUUGUUCAGAAUCAAGUUGUUUAUAUGCCGAUACAAUGGAAUAUAAUAAUCGUUUUGGUACUGGUUGUGGACACAAUAGAAAUUCAUCAAGAAAUCGUAAUAAUAGAAGUCCAAGAAGACGAACAAAUCGAACAGCUUCACCUACAUACAGCAGUGGUGAUAGUAACUAUUCAUGUAUUCCACAGAGACAAUGUGGUCCAGCUAAUUCACAAGAAAGACUGAGGCAUAAUCGCAGUAAGGACAAGGUGCCUAGUUUUCCAAGAAGUGGAGCAUAUGCACAGCAUAAUUCAUCAGCUUCAAAUACAAUGAGCAGUUCUGGAAGUCAAAGAUACAAUAAGCUCAAUAGCCUGCUUAAUCCAAAUGGAACAACGGAAACAACAAGACUCAGUGAUCAUCGUGACAGUUAAAUAAUUUUAAUUAUUAAUUUAUUAUUAUUAUUAUUUAAAUAAUAACAAAAUUAUAAAAAUUAACAUAAUUAAUAUGUUAGUUGAAACAUUUUAAAAAUGCUAUCCUAUUUUUUCAUAACAAAAAAAAAAAAUAUAUACAACAAAAUGUACUAUGCAUUGGACAAAUUAAAAUGUCGCUAAAAUCUGUUUAUUUUCUGUGAAUUAAAUAUUAUAGAAUAUUUCAUCAAUGGUAAUCUCAAACGUCACUUUAAUUUGUGAGACAAAAAAACAAAAAUAUAUAAAAGAAAAUAAUAAUAUCAAGCGAAAAAUGUGACAUUUAUUUUUAACUAUAGCCUGUACAUUUCUCUAUUGUCACAAAUAAUAACUGAUAUUAUUUUUCAUAGUGUUUCUAAUAGUUAAGUAAAUAUAAUAAUAAAAGAAGAAAAAAAUGAAAUAAUUAAUCAAUGAGAAAUAAGCUGUGCAGUGAUGUUUCUUCCAGAUAAAUAAAUAGUAUGUUACGAAAAUAAUUAUUCAAAAUGAAGAGGUGUAUAAUCAUAUCAAGUGGUUUUUUUUUGUAUACAUUGUAAAAAGUUUAUUAUUGAUAUUAGUCAUUAGAUAUUAAUUAAUUAUACACACAUCAUGAUUAGUGUGUAAUUGACAAACAGAUAAAUAAAUAUUUAAAUAUAUACGUAAGGUUAUUUUUUUUUAAUUUCUUUCUGUAACGCACUGUAUAUUUAUUGCCCUGACAAAUAAGUGAAAAUGUGAUUCAAAGUUUUGUCAAUGACUUAACAAUAUAUAUUUAAUUGUUUUCAAGGUGCAUGUCAAGUGUUUGUCACGCUUCCAGGAAAACCUAUACAUUGUAUUCAUUAAAAUAUAUGAUUUUUUUAAAUAUUGUUAGUAUAAUAUUUAAAUUAUAUUACAAAACAAUUUAUUAAAUCAAUUAAAAAGCUCAAUUGAUAUACGAUUUUUUAGUUUGUUUUUCUUGUUUGUUUUUCUUUUAAUUUUAAUAAAUAUAUAUUUUUUAUUUUAUGAGCAAAAAAAAAAUCUUUUAAAAAAAAUUAUUUGUCCAAAGACUGGUCUAUGAAAAUGUUUUUUUUUUUUUUUAUAUUUUAAAAUUUCGUAAAAAGAUAAAAAUAAAUUUAAAUUGAUUUUAUAAACAAUAAUUUACGUACAAGUAUCGUUUAUGCAAAUAAUUUAUUAAACCGAUGCAGCUAUAUAUUACUCAAUUGUAGAUAAAUACCAAUUGUGAAUACCGAUUUUUAAGAUUAAUUUAAAUUAAAUUUAAAUAAAAAAUAUUGUAACAUUGCUAAAGGUAUGAUUGCUGUACUAUAAAUGUAUCUUUUUUUUAUUUUGAAAUAUUAUUUAAUAGUGAAAGUGCGAUAAGAGCAUAUAAUAAAUUAAGAAAACUUGUAGGUACUCCUGAUGCCAUGUAAUCGCUCAACUUAAGUGUAAUUAGUUGAUAUACUUUAGCAAAAUAUCAACUAUUUAAAUUAAAAAAUAAAAACAAUUAUUUAAACUGUGUUUGAGAAUUGAAAUUUUACUGCCACACUUCCGAGCCUAGGCUUUGAAAAAAAAAACAUUUAAAAAUCAAUAAUUGUAUGAAAGUGAUUUUCAAAUAUAUAAGAGCAAUGUAGAAUUGACGAAAAUUCAAGUUUACGUAAAAUUCCAUCCAAGAGUUUAAAACUACUCGACUCGUAGACUACAAACUAAUUAGGAAUGUGUUCUAUAGAUUAAGCUUUUACAAAAAAAAAAAAAAGAAACUAAUAAUUAAUGAGAAAUGCAAUUAUAUAUUUUGCAAAAUAGUGAGACAAAAAAAGAAAAAAAAACUGUAUUAUUUUUAUAAUUUAAAGUCUCAUUAUUUAGCAAGAUGUAUAGCUUUUGUAAAAAAAAAUAAAAGAUGCUAUAAAAAAAUUGCUGAUAUACACUAAAUUUAUAUUUAAAAAAUUAAAGUUGCAAAAAUAAAAAAUAAACAAUGUAUAAGUUUAGUAAUCAGAGAUUCAGGAUAAAUAAAAAAAAAUAAUAAUAAUUCGUAUUUAUAAAUAGUCUAACAAUUGAUAAAAGAUUUUUUUUUUUUUUUCUUUUUUUA